AUGCCCGCCAUGUCCUACCAGCAGCUGCCUCUGCCCACGCUCGACCGCCCCUUUGGCGUCGAGCUAUGGCCCCUUUUCGACAAGGCCUUCACGGCCGUCAUGGGCUAUCCGGCCGAGGACUUCAAGUUCACUCCUGGAGAGACCCCUUUGUCGACUCUGAAGGAGUCUUCAACCUUUAUCAUCUUAUAUUAUGCUGUCAUAUUUGGAGGUCGAGAGUGGAUGAGAGACCGCAAGCCUUUCAAGCUGCAGCCGGUGUUUCUCGUCCAUAACCUUUUUCUCACGCUGGUCAGCGGCGGGCUUCUGGCUCUCUUCAUUGAGCAGCUACUCCCGACCGUUGUCAGGCAUGGCGUCUUCUACGCCAUCUGCGAUGCCAAUGGCGGUUGGACAAAGCCGCUGGUGCUGCUGUAUUACCUGAACUAUGUGACCAAAUACGUCGAGUUGCUGGACACAGUCUUCCUCUUCCUCAAGAAGAAGCCCCUGAUCGGCCUCACAGCCGUCUCCUGGGUGCCCAUCGUGCUCAACCUGACCGUCCACGUCGUCAUGUACUGGUACUACUUCCAGAGCGCCCGCGGCGUGCGCGUCUGGUGGAAAGAAUGGGUCACGCGACUGCAGAUCAUCCAGUUCGUCAUUGACCUCGUGUUUGUGUAUUUUGCUUGCUGGACGUACUUCACCAACACGUACUGGCCGUGGUUGCCGAACGCGGGUGAGUGCGCCGGCGAGGAGUUCGCGGCCAUUGCGGGCAGUGGCAUCCUCAGCUCGUAUCUGGUGUUGUUCAUCUCGUUCUAUUUUGCAACGUAUCGCAAGAAGGACAAGGCUGCGGUGCUGAAUGGGCCGAAGAUCAUGCCAGAUGAGAAGCUGAUUGGUCAUGCGAACGGAAACGGUAAGGCGAGCGGGGCGUCAAAGACUAAUGGCUCGACGAAAGGGCGCAAGGUGUGA